CAGCUGGUGCAGCGUCUAUGCAGCUGAUUGGCUGGACGGCCCUUUCGCGGAACGGAGGACCCGCCGCCGCCUCUAGGCCGAGCGAAGUCUCACUGGUGCUUCGUUGAAGGGUUGUGUGAGGCGGCCGCGAUGGGCUCCCGGGCGUCCACCCUACUUAGGGACGAGGAGAUUGAGGAGAUCAAAAAGGAGACGGGCUUUUCUCACAGUCAGAUUACUCGUCUGUACAGCCGGUUUACUAGCCUUGACAAGGGAGAAAACGGCACUCUUAGCCGUGAAGAUUUUCAACGCAUUCCAGAACUUGCCAUCAACCCGCUAGGAGACCGGAUUAUCAAUGCCUUUUUUCCAGAAGGAGAGGACCAGGUGAAUUUCCGUGGAUUUAUGAGAACUUUGGCCCACUUCCGACCCAUUGAAGAUAAUGAGAAAAGCAAAGACCAGAAUGGGCCAGAACCACUUAAUAGCCGGAGCAACAAGUUGCACUUUGCUUUUCAGCUAUAUGAUCUGGAUAAAGAUGACAAGAUUUCUCGAGAGGAGCUGCUUCAGGUGUUGCGGAUGAUGGUUGGUGUAAACAUCUCUGAUGAGCAGCUGGGCAGCAUUGCUGACAGAACAAUCCAGGAGGCCGAUCAAGAUGGUGAUAGUGCAAUCUCCUUUGCAGAGUUUGUUAAGGUUUUGGAGAAGGUGGAUGUAGAACAAAAAAUGAGCAUUCGAUUUCUUCACUGAUCAAUCAGGGUCCAUUCCUUGUUAUCCUCAUAUUUAUAAGGAAUAUAGUUUGUUUUACUCUCCUUUCUCCUGAGCAUUGCUACUGGUGCAUGUGAGGUACAUCUCCAAACCCUCCCCAGUUUGUUCCAUCAACGUGAACAUUCCUUCUGCAUCAGAACAAAGGAACGUGGCUGCAGUGCAGCUUGGAAUGGAGCAUUGAAAUGGCCUUUUCUUCACUGUUCUCUUUGCAUUGCUUUUUGAUUAUAAAUUAUUUUUCCUACUGUAGUCUUCUACCAUCUUAUGAACUCUGAAUUAGAAAGAAAGGAGGGCAAAUUCCACUGAAGAGUUGGCUGAGAGCUGAUUGAAGUAAUGUACAUCAAAAAUCUGAUUUGGUAAUACUUGUAUACUCCAUUUUGUUUGUCUUAACAGAAGCUGCCUUUUCCCUCCCUCUUAGGUUUUGUUUGAUAGGUAUCUGUCAGUCUCCGCUAAAUUUAUUAAAGUAAUAAUUCAAGGCCAAUGGUUUUGGGUUCAGGACUAAGGCUUGGAGGAUUAUAGCCUCUCAGUGUGUCAAAUGUUAUGAAUUUGUCCACAGGGACGUGGGCCAUCUGCCAAGGGUGAAACUUGCAAUGUGGUUUACUAGUAUAAGCUAUUUUAUUAGUAGAAGUUCAAUGUCUUUCGGCUAUCCCAUUCCACUAGUAGGUUUUUUGUAGAUUUAUUUUAUCUAAAAUCCUCCUUGUGCUUUUGAUCAUCUGUUUUUCAGUGAAUGUUUGCAACAUUAUUUUUGUUGUACAGCUGUAGUAAGCCUUGUUUUCUUACUAAUUUUGCAACACUUGGCCAUUUGGAAUUUUCAGUUUCCAAUAGGUAUGUCAAAGCCCAGACUGGAAGAUUGGAGAAGUACUAUUUUUAUUCCCUCAAAUUAUGUGGGAACAGUUUUUAGGAAAAUGCCUAACACACAUACAACAUGUGGCUUAAAGUGAUAUUAAAUCUAUUUUGCUCCAAGCACCCAUGCAUACAGAUUAAAUCUGAUGUUUGCUAAAGUAAAUUAUGUUGCAACUUCUAAUCAGUACAAAACUAAGGGACUGAAAACAAUGAAUGUGAUGAACUCUCCAAGCUGAGUUGUCUUGCUGUUAGUAAACAAUUUUGUUGCAUUAAAUAAUCAAAGCACCUUGGCAACAAUUUUGCAUUGUGCAACUUGAGUUUGCAGUGUUGGCUAAAAAUAUUUCUAAUUGGUGUUCAAAUGCUCUUAUCCCCUGCUACUUUCAUAUGUCAGAAUUUCUGUAAGUAUUUGCGUGCAUUUUAAUCUAGUUGACUUAAAUCUUGCACAAUCUAACAAUCUUUCAGAAUUGCACACUAUUUUACAUCUUCAACUGUACAUGGAAAUCUAUUGCUUUUUCAAACAAAUGGUUAAGUUGGAAGCAACUGGGGAACAAGAUUAAAAAGUGAUCUCUAUCAAAACAUUUUAGGAUUUUGAUCACAAUGUAACAUAGGAAUUUUAUAAUGACAAGGAAAGUGAUAGUAACACCGGGAUGUUAGAUUUUAUAGGUUGAAAUGUGCUUAUUUUCAAAUAAGCUUUCUUCCUUUGGCUCUGUAGCUGUAAUCCAGUUGUGCCUUGUCAGAUCUAUUGUAUUCAUCAACAAUCCAUGAAUAAAAUCCUUCAACCUAC